AAACGAAGCAAUACAUUUAAAAAUUAGUCAGUAGCACCGAAAAAUAUGAGCGUAUCCAAAAACCAAUUACCGCAUGAGUCUAUAAAAUGAAUAGAAAAUAUUGCUAUAACUAAUUACUUAUUAACAUUUUACUUCCUUGGAAUGUGUUUAAAAGUACUAUCGAUAGAUUAUGCCCGGGUCAGCUGUGUUUGUAUCGUAAACAAAAAUUUCAUUACCACAAAUUGUUUGUUUACCUGUAUACAUUUUGCUUUACUUUAAAAGUAGUGAAAAUGAGUUUUAUACAAUUUGAAAGUGCGCGCGAAAAGGAUAAAGCGCGCCAGGAACUCAGGGAAGCACGUGAUGAACUGCUUCAGCAGGCCAAGUCGCGUGCAGAGGAACGCAACAAGCAAGAAAGACAAAAAGAAUUGCGCGGCGAAAAUAAUUGGAUACUGCCAACGGUGGCCACCAAAUUGAACAAACUGAGCAAGGCACCCAGCAGCAAGUCGAAGAAAUCAAGCAAAAAAAAGAGCAAAAAAAAGGUCAAGGCAAAGGCGAAAAAAUUAAAGAAAUCAACAAAGGGAAAGCAGAAGAGGAAACGUAAACACGACACCAGCAGUAGCAGCAGCGAUAGCGAUAGUGAUUCCAGCUCCGACUCCAGCUCAGGCUCUGAUUCCAGUUCAAGCUCUGAUUCGGAUAGGAAGAAGAAAACAAAAAGGAAUCGCAGAAGAAGCGAUGAUGAGUGGGUGGAAAGUGCGCCCGUGCCAGUUGAGGCGAAACCUUUGGUGCAGCGAGACAGCUGGAUGACGGACAGCGCAGCUCUCACCCUGAAAACCUUCAGCAAGGAGCGCAAGGAACCAAUGAAGCCCAAUGCGAUGCUUCAGCAAAUCGACGCCUAUGAUCCAGCUAAAAACAUCCAUGAGCUGAAUCCGUACUGGAAGAGCAAUGGUACUGGUUUGCCAGGUUUCCAAAAACCCAAAGCUGAUGAUGAGGACGACGAGGAACGGCCUGUAAGACGAACUAUGCCAAGCGGUAGUAGCUCACGCAAUUGGCAGAAGUCUGUGACAAGCGCAGUUAGUGGGCGGGAGUCUGCGGCAACCACCGUUACUGGGAGUAAAAGACGCAGUUCCUCGCCUAAAGUCAGUGGAAGCAGCAGCAGACGACGCAGUCCGUCAUCCGCCUCCUCGUCCUCUUCGGAGGAGGAAAGCGAAGGGGCGCCAAAACCUUUGACGGACGAGCAAAUUAAUGAAUUGGCCGCCAAGGCCAUAAAAGCUGAGCUCAAAGGCAAGCCGGAGCUGGCUGCAGAGUUUAACAAGCAGCUGGACAUGGCACGUAAACUGCGCGCCGAACACCUGGCUAGUGGCAAACCGCUUGCCAAAUCCAAAUCCAACUCCAAAUCUGAGCAAAAAAGGGAGCAUGUGUUGCUCACCCGCACCGAUGCCAGCGGAAAUGUGCGCCCACUUCUACAAAGCAAAACAGCAGUUGGCCACAAAACGGAUGGCAAAAGGCAAAAGAAGGUGGAAACGCAUUCGGAUGGACAGCGCGUGCGCUACUUUGCCGACGACGAUCGUUACGAUAUCAAGCAAAUGUUUGAACGGGAAAAGCAUGCAACUGCAGCUGAGUCAAAUUUGCAAUACGCCGACAUUCUAUCCAAGCACAAGAAUCCUAACGAUGAUUUGGAGGACAUUUUCGAAGAUCGUAUACGCAAGAAUAUAACAGAGGGCGACGUUGAGCAGCGUGAACUGAAACAGGCGAUUAGCGAGCAGCAGAAGUUGAGCGCCACUUUGGACAAUUGCGAUCGCUGCUUCGACUCGGUUAAGCUGGAGAAGCAGUUGCUUCUGGCCAUGGGCUCAAAGAUAUAUCUAAGUUUGCCCUGGCAUGUGGGUCUGCAGCGGGAUCAUUGUAUAAUAACUACCAUGCAGCAUGUCUCCGCCUGUACGUUGCUCGACGAGGAUGCGUGGGAGGAGUUAAGUAAUUUUCGUAAAGCUCUAACCCGAAUGUUUGCUGCCCAGCGCAAGGAUGUGAUUUUCUAUGAGAUUGCUAAUAAGCUACAUAGGAGGCCACACUUGGCUGUGCAUUGUAUACCCAUACCACAGUCGCAAGGUGAGAUGGCGCCCUUCUAUUUCAAGAAGGCCAUCGAAGAGUCUGAGCAUGAAUGGUGCAUCAAUAAGCAGCUAAUAUCCCUGCAGAAGAAAUCCUUGCGAGCUGCUAUACCUAAAGGCUUGCCCUAUUUCUGGGUACACUUUGGUAUGGAUGGGGGAUUUGCUCACGUCAUCGAGGAUCAGGAUCGAUUCCCAGCUAACUAUGCGCAGGAAAUUCUUGGCGGUAUGUUGGAGCUAAAUCCAAAUUCAUGGCGCAAGCCGCGCAAAGAACAAAACUCUAUAACCAAAGCAAAAUCAUUUGCGGAGCUUUGGAGAAAAUACGAUUGCACCGAACAUUAA